AUGACGUGUGAAGAUAUCCUUUCCGGAAACCUGGCCCCCGAAGACGACUUCAUCUGCACCAUAGUCCAUGUCACCCCCCGUCAUCCUCAAGCGUUGGCAAUGCAGGCGUUCCUGGAAAAGUUCCUAGAGACAGAGGACAAGGCCUUCGACAUUUAUCUUGGUCUCUCAAACACAAGUACGCAGACGGCCUUCAGAUGCUCGGCACCUUUCGAUGUCCUGGAUGAAGAAGAGGAAACCACCUUCUAUAUCAUAGAUGCCUCAGACAGAUGGAACGAGGGUCUUGGCAUUCUGGCAAGAUUUCGCGAGUCAGACGCAGUUGAAUAUGAGGAUGGUCUUUACUGUGACGCUUUCGACAAUUUCGACUUCCGGUGGAAGGAAUUAACCUACCUUGGCGUGAUGGGUGACUCGAAGUACUUGGAGCAAGAUUUGAUACAACAGAUCCACGACGACAUGAACGACCAAGAGAAGGAGUUCGCGUCCAGGUCGAUUCCCCUUGAAGAAAAACAGACCUACCAUAAUGUAACCUGGCUGGAUUGUCAGGCUUACAAUGAUGAAACCUUUGGCGAUCGACAUGAAGGCUCGGUGGUCUUGGGUACCCAAGACCAAGUUUACCCGCCCAGCCACGAAGAAUACUCUUCUUUAGACUCACAGAGCCUUCAUCAAGAAGCUGAGAAAGAUGAAUAA